GUCUCAUGUGGUUAAGGAGAGUUUUAUCUGGAGAGAAAGACAUUACAUGUUGUUGCUGUAGAGAUCUCCGGCCACAGGUCUUUUGCUCAAUUGUUUGCAGGGGAUUUCAAAGACUUAACUGAGAGUAACAAGUGCCUACAGUACACAUUGUUAGUGUCAUUUGUCUACUUAUGGACUACAGAGAUGUCAUGUGCGGAGCGUAGCCUGUGUCAGGAAAACUAAAGAGGACAAAGAUGUGAGUUAGUUCUACUUUUGUGGAAACGAUACAUUCAACCUCACUGAAGUGAUCGUUGGAAGACACAAACCUCACACAUCUCAUACAUUUGCUCCAUUGCUCGUGACGAGAACAACAGCUCCAUAUAGAGAUCGCCUUGUCUGAGUUGACAGCCUUUCACUUUUUUUUUAUUUCUUUUUUUUUUUUUUUUUCCUGAUAAGAAACAGAGAAAGCGUGUCCAAAGGCGCGGAUGCAUUUGUCAAUGGAUACCCUUGGAAUAGUGGACGAUAGUGGACAUGGAAUAGUUGACAACUAUGACUUGGCAAAAGGUGCCGGGUCGAGCAGUGGAGGCAGGGUCCACAGUAUUGAUGUCAUAUUGGGAUUCGCUAAAGACCAGGAGCCUUUACUCCAUUCAGUAGGAGCUGAUGACAGCCCAAAAGCCAAUGGAGCAAACCUGCAGGACCCUGAAAAGCAGGUCCCGUCAGACCCCUAUGGGAACCUCCCAGAACUAGGUGACAGCUCCCAGCAUUCCUCCUACCAUGAAUCUAACCUUUUCUCCAGUGACAAGUGUGACGGUGAAAUGAGCAACCUGCACGAGGACGUGGAUAUUGCUGAAGGGUCUCCAAAGGCUGGUAAAGACGAAGAGCACACUAAAAAGAAACACAGAAGAAAUCGCACCACCUUCACCACCUAUCAGCUUCAUGAGCUGGAGAGAGCCUUCGAGAAGUCUCACUACCCAGACGUCUACAGCCGCGAGGAGCUGGCAACAAAGGUCAACUUACCUGAGGUUCGAGUGCAGGUGUGGUUCCAGAAUCGAAGAGCAAAGUGGAGACGUCAAGAAAAGAUGGACACUAGCACCAUGAAGCUCCAUGACUCCCCAAUGCUGUCCUUCAACCGUCCCCCAAUGCCCCCUAACGUGGGCCCCGUGGGAAACCCUAUGCCCCUAGAUCCCUGGCUGACCUCGCCCAUAUCCAGUGCCACGCCCAUGCAUACCAUCCCCGGGUUCAUGGGCUCGCCGCAGGCCCUGCAGCCCACUUACUCAAGCCACAGCUUCCUCAACACCCCGCCUGGUAUGGUCCAAGGUAUGCAGGCCAUGGGCCCGCCGCCCUACCAGUGCCCGCCCAGCUUCGGUGAUAAAUACCCAAUGGAAGAUGAUCGGAGUUCCAGCAUCGCAGCACUCAGGAUGAAGGCCAAAGAGCACAUUCAGUCAAUGGAUAAAACCUGGCAGCAUAUGUGAUGUCAUUUAAUAUGGAUGGAGUUUUGAUCUGCUCCUGUGAAUGUUUACAAACUGCUUUACACUGUUUGAGUCAUGUACCAAUGAGGGUGAUGCAGGACACCAAAGAAGCUUGAAAGUAAGACUUUUUUUCCUUUUACAGUGUGCACCGAUGUGCAAAUCUGCACAAGGUCAGCUUGUGAUUUUCAGAAUCCACGUCAAAAUGUGUAAACAUUUUUUUUUUUGAUAAACCAUUUCUGCCCCAAGCGAGUUUAUAAUAUAUUUAGAGCUCCUUUAUGGGUACACUUUGAUCUUGGUUGAGACUUUCAAAUCAGACACUUUUUUGUUUUGCAAUGUUGUUUUAUUUUUCUGUUUUGUAAUAAUUUUGUAUAUCUGAUGAAUUUUAGACCAUUUAUAGAACUUGAUACAAAGUAUAGAAAGUUUAUGCAGAGACAUCUUACACGGGUAACUAUGUUUUUUUGUUGUUGUUGUUUUUAUAAUCUAGUAAUAUCAUGAUGACCAAUGUCAACACAUUUAUACAAGAGUGAUAUCUUAAAAGAAAGGUGUUCUAACUUUUUUUUUUUUUACUGAGGUGAUAAGACACUAAAAAAGUACCACUGUCUGAGCGUAACAUUUCCCCAGCUUCCUUGAAGUUAUGAUAGACUUUUGAACAUCAUUGGCCAACAUACUGCACUUUGAAAGUGUUAGUAUCUAUUUGUAAAGGUCUCCACUGUUUUAUUGUAGCUGUUGGUUUUAUUCUGUGACCAGGAUAGGUUUUGUCUUUAUCUUUUUAUUCAAUGAAAAUACUGUUCAGCAUUUUUUUUAAGUAUAAGAUUUUGAUGUGCUAUAGCAAAUAUGCAUUUUUACCCACUGUAUAUAUACAGUGGGUAAAAAUGUAUAUUUUAAACCAAUUUUCCACUCAAAUCUAAGUUUGAUAUUGGUUUAAAGGGAACAUAAGUGUUUGUAUUUAAAUAAUUAAAAUGGCCUUUUGAAGAGCAUUGAGUUCUGAUGGGGGGAGGUUAUCGGAAGUCACAGAGCGUAAUCUGAUUUGGAGGCUAAUUUAGACAGACAAGCAUACCUCUUAACACCUAAUUACUGCUUUUAAAGCGAUUAACCCUGGAUUCUCAGCCAUAGACAGCAUGCCCUCAGAUACUCUUGAAAACCCUCUUCAAGCACUGGCAAAGUUCUGUCCCCCAAAGGCAUGCCCAUUAAUUCUCUUCUCAGAUAAAAUACUUAUCAGCAACAGAUUCUGUUCAUUACAAAAUAUUCCCUUAAGUAAAAUGCUUUAAGAGAUUCUGUAUUUUCAUCUUUUAUUAUGCAUUCUUCUUCAAAACAGGAGUUGGUGUCUAAAUUCUGAUUGUUGCUUAAUAUAAUGACCAUUCAUAACACAAUUCACAAUGCUGUGAACUGGAAGUAGCACAGCUUAACGUAUCUGCUGGACCCAUUGCAGAAGAAGAUGGCAUUGCAGUGAUAUUUCUCACAGACACAAUGUUACUGUGUUUUUGUGUAUGCAUUAAAUUAAUACAGAAAGUUACCUAAGCAUCUUACUCAAAAAUGCAGUGUCAAUAAGUGUGCUACACAUGCAUACAGGACUGUCUCAGAAAAUUUGAAUAUUGUGAUUUUCUGUAAUGCAAUUACAAAAACAAAAAUGUCAUACAUUCUGGAUUCAUUACAAAUCAACUGAAAUAUUGCAAGCCUUUUAUUAUUUUAAU